AUGAUUAAAAAUUUAUUGUUUUCAAAAAAUAAUAAAAAUACAUUAUUAUUUUUAUCAUCGCCAUUGUCAUUAAAAAAUAAAUCUAUAACACCAAUAAUUUAUAAAAAUUAUUUUUCAACAAAAUUUAUAAGCUAUAAAAAUGAAUCACCAAAGUUAAAACCAUUCUUUCCUAAAAAUAAUCAAAAUAAUAAUAAUAAUAAUAAUAAUAAUAAUAAUAAUAAUAAUAAUAAUAAUAAUAAUAAAAAUAAUAACAUUAAUAUAAAUAAUAAUAAUGAUAGUAAUAAUAAUAACUCAAACCUUGAAAGUCCUUAUUUUUUUUCAAAAAAUGUUGAUUUUACUUCCGAAAUACCUGAUUUUCUAUCAAAAAAAGCUGUUAAAAUAGUAACAAAUAUUUUAAAUUGUUCAGAUAUUGAAUAUAUAAAAGAAGAUAUAUGGUCAUUACAUUUAUUAAAAAUAAAACAUUAUUUAAGAAUGCAUUCAGUAUUUCAAAGAUUAUUUGAAAAUAUUGAAAAUUCAACGAAAAUGUUUGCGACAGAUGAAUCAAAAAAGAAAGAAGAGCUUCUUGAAGAAAUAAUGGAUUAUUUAUUUAGUAAAGAUGAAUUUAAAAAUGAUUUAGUCAAUUGUUAUUUUUAUUCAAUUGUAAAUUAUGAUCUUGCUGGAAAGAAUAAAAUGGUGAUUAAAAUCUUUGAAAAAGUAAUGAAAAAACAAAAUUACAAAAAAAAGGAUUUUAUUACAAAUGAAACCAUAAAAGUUUUAUUAGAAUUUCGUCGUAUUGAUUUAGCUAUAAAAGUUUAUAGAUCUCGUUUUACUGAAUUCGAUAUUGGUAUAAACAUGGAUACCGUACUAGUAUUCACAAAUUAUUUCGAAAAAAAACUAAAAUAUAAAUGGGCAAAAGUUUGGGGAAACCAAGAUAGAGUAAAAUAUGAAGAGACCUAUAAUAAGAGAUUAAAUAAAAAAACAAUUCGACCAAUUAGAACUGACGCUUACCCAAGAUUAGAAACGAUCUAUAAAGAGAUUUAUAGUUUCAUUAAUAAUGAACUACCAUCAACUAUACCAUGUGAACAACCGAAUCCAUUAAAAGGACCAGACACUGAUAGAUAUAGUGAAGAAUAUAAACAAGCUCAAAAAGAAUUGAAUAUUAGUCUAUUAAGAAUUGAUGCAUUUGGUAUUGUUAAAGUAUUAGACAGUUACUUUUUUAAAUAUGAUCAGAUUCCACACUUCAAUACAUUAUUUAUUUCAUUUCAAGUCGUUAGUGACCAUUAUGGUGUUUAUUGGAUUGAACAAUUUAGAAAUAUGCCAAAAUAUAUUUUUGAUAUUGUAAAUUUUGGUAAUGAUGAUAAUCCACAAUACCAACAAAAAAAAGAAAAACGACAACUAGAACGACAACAACUAGAAGAACAACAACAACAAGAACAACAAGAACAACAAGAACAACAAGAACAACAAGAACCAAAUGAACAAAAUAAUGAACAACAAAUUCAAGAAAAAGAAAAAGAAAAAGAACAAGAAAAAGAAGAAUUUUUAAAUAAUGAAUUGGUACCAAAUGAAAAUGAAUUGUUAGAAAUUUUUAAAAAAUUAUUAUCUCAACCAAAAUUUGAAUAUCCAAUUAGAUUAUUUAAAAUGGUAUCAGAUUUGAAAAUAGAGGUGAAAUUUACAGAUAUGAUAAUUCAUCAAUUCUUGGGUUAUUUGAGAUUUUAUUAUAAUCAAAUUAAUCAACCAAGUUUAAUUGAAGAUUUAUUUGAAAAUCUUCAAUAUUAUUCAACUACAGUUGGAUAUAAUAAUUUAUUAUUAAAUCAUUUAUUUGAAAAUUUGAGAGCCAUUGAAACCUCUGAAGAAUAUGAAUCAACUUUGGAUAGUUUAUUAGAUUUUUAUUAUAAAAUUCCAAGAAAGGAUUAUGCUACCUUUGAUAUAAUCUUGAGAAUAGUUAAUUUUAAAAAUAGCAUCUCACCUCAUAGAACAAGUGCAGCCAAAUUAUACGGUAAAUUAUUAAUCAAUGCUUCACUCUCGAAUCAAACUGUUUUAUUAAAUAAUAGAAUCGUAAAUUAUCUAGUCGAUUUCGUGCACGGAAACUUUGUUGAAGCUUUUAUUGCUCAAGAUCCAAACGUAUGGAGAGAUCUAGAUACAGAUAUUGUCAUUAAAUAUUUUAAUCGUCUUCGUAGAACUGGUAAAUUACAAAAAGUCUUGGAAAAGUUUAAGGAAAGAGAAAUUUAUUGCCCCUUUGUUGAUCCAGAGUUAUUCAAUCUCAUCUCUCAUGCAAAUAGAAAUAUUAAAGAUCCUAUAGUUUCAAAUCUCUUAUAUAUUCAUUCUAAAAAGAAUGCUGCCUUCUUUAAAAAUAAACCUCAAGAAACAGUUCAACAUAAUGAAAAACAUGAUGAUACAGUCCAACAAGAAGAAGAAAAAGAAGAUGAUACAAUUCAACAUAAACAAACACAUGAUGAUACAGUUCAACAUAAAGAAAAAGAUGAUGAUAAAGUUCAAGAUGUUGAUGAUGAUGAUGUCAUAUUUGAAUAUGAAGAUGAUGAUGCAAUUCAAUAUGAAGAAGAAAAAGAAGAAGGUGAUGAUGCACUUCAAUAUGAAGAAUAUGAAACAAAUCAAUAUAAAGGUGAAAUUUUCUUUGAAAAUCCUCUCGAUCAAUAUCUUUAUCAAAAAAAUAGAGAACCAUUUACACCUUCACAAAUUGAAACUUUAGAAAAAAUUUUAUCAAUUAAAGAUUAUAACCCAGGUUCAAAACUUUAA